UCCGAAACCGUGCAUAGGAAUCUGGCCCACCUCCUUCCCCACGUACUUCACACCCACGGGUGGGCACCCACGCGCGGGCACCUGGCGGACACCCGCACGGCUGCACUGCGCCCCGCACACGCAAUCACACGACACAAACUCACACCCAUUUGCGCGCACCCGCAGCGUUCCUGCGCUUAUGCUCCGAUUCCCCACGCAGAGCCCCCAGGCCCCUUUGACCAAACAUUACCGGUGAGAUGGCUGAGGGUAGCAGCUGCGGAGCAGGGCAGGCCACCCCUCUUGGAAACCCUCUCGCCAGCAGGGUACAGGGGCUGUUUUCUCCCACGGUAUGCGAAGGUGAAAUCCCAAAUGUUUGAUUGAGUCCUUCAGAUGUUUCCCCCCGACCGUGAGGAGCCCCCACCACACCACAGGUGCGAGAAUGGCCGAAACUUUGGGGCCUUCGGACUGCUCAGGGAGGGGACUCUUAUUUUGAAGAGCAGCCCCCAUUCGCCACCCCCGUGAUUUGCACGCUGACCCAAUGGCUAGCCCUUGGCCGGCUCUCGGCUUGUUAUCAAUUACAUGUUGUUCCUACAGCCGCUGUGUCCCCGGGAGGAUAAACAGCAGGCCUGGCCGGCUAAGAGAGGGGGCGGAGUCCAGCGGCCGGCCAGGGACCGUGCCCAGAACCGGGUGCCCCCUCCCCCUGCACGCAGCCUGCGCCUCUGGCUGCGCCACGUGCUGCUGUUUUUCAGGACCGGCUUGAGCGCUGGCACUCAGGCUGUCUGUCAGCCCUGGGUCCUCCGUGCCUCAGUGUCCCGUGGUUGCUCAGUUCUGUUUUAAGAUCCUGUUGACUGGCUGGGGCCACUCCACUCCUGGAUUCUGGAAGCAUUCAGCAAAGACUAGGGCUGUUUUUGACUCUAGAUCUAGACCUGUACUGAAGUCAGAACUUCUUGUAUUCUGGUGGGGACGCAAAGCAUAGACAGGUCUCACAGUGGUGCCUGCUGUGAAGAAUAUAAUCCUGGGUGAUUUGCCCAAGGGAAAGUGACUUCUGAGUUGAGAUCUAAAUAAUGAGCUCCCACCUGGAAUGCUAGGAGAGUCAGGACUUCCAAAGAGGUCCGGGCUCUGUUAGUGCAGGUGAGCCAGGCCCGAGUAGUUGGAGGGGCAGCAUGUGGGCGGGGAGGGUUUGGGUGCUCUGGGCCCUGGACACAUUUUAAUGGGGGAGGGAGAUUCUUCCGUGUAGUUCCAUUUUGACAUCAUCCAUUUGUACCUGUUCUCUCUUUCUUGCCUCCCUUCCAUGUUCCAGUGGGAUCUCACGGAGCUGCCCUUGAACUCAUGAUCCCCUGGCUGUCCCCUGGGUGCUGAGAUUACAAGCAUCAGCCACUAUGCCUACCCAGCACCACUGUUUAUUUUUAUAGCAGACCUUGGUUUCUAUCCUUAUAAAAAUCAAGCCUGGAGACCACCAUCACACUUGAAAACAGUGUGAGCGCUCAGUGUUGUAGUGUGUCGAGCUGUGAUCCUAUUUCAUUUCAGGAGAUUUUAGGUGGUCCUGUUCCAGGUCCUGGGACACCAUGUGCAUUUGCUUGACUAUUCAAACCCUAAGAAGUGCUCAGUACACAUGAGCUCUUUGGGUGUGUGUGUGGCCUAGGCGCCAGGUCACACUGGCGGCACCCAGAUGUGCACACAGAGAAGUAGUGCCUGAGCUCACGCAGCUGAUAGCUGCAGACAAGGUGUGUGUGCCCAGCUCCUUUGCCCUUCACAUUGUCUGUCACUUUAUUCCUUCCCAGCACCUGCUUUAGUAAAGAGUGUGUUUUAAAAGCACACACCCGGUUUUAAAUCCUCAGCUGAGUGUUUAAACCCAGAUGGCCUCCUGGUAAGACUGCUCUGGGGCUCAGAUCUUGCCUCUAUUCCCUGGAGCAAGAGAGAAACUUAGAGAGCACUGAGGCAUAGAACAGUUGGGGAAACUGAGGCACAGGAGAGCAAAAUGACUCUGGCCUCUUGGCUGCUGGGCAGUACCAGGUGCCAGGAUGUGGACCUACUAGACAGAUGGACAGGAUGUGGGUACAGAGACUCUGUACUCUACAGCUCUGAGCAUUCUUCGCUAGUCUUGAUAAUCACACAGCCAGCCAUGGUCACUGGGCGGGGACAAAGGUCCAGAGAGGUGGCCCCAUCACAGUCAGAUACUGUUGACUCUCCUUGGACGCCAGACCUAGCAUGGGAUGUUGCUUCAGAGGACACAGCUUUCUCCUCUCUCCUUUCUGUCCACAUUCUCUGAGCCCUUCUUGGGUACCUGGUGUGGUGCUGAGUGCUGGGGACAGGGCAGAGUGUGCUGCCAAGAGGGGACACAGACAUCUGCUGAGCUUCCCCAAGUCGCCACCACAGGCUCGGCCAAGCCAGCAUGGUGGACCACUUGCUUCCAGUGGACGAGACCUUCUCGUCACCAAAAUGCCCAGUGGGGUACCUGGGUGAUAGGCUGGCCAGCCGGCGGCCAUACCACAUGUUGCCCUCUCCCAUCUCUGAGGAUGACAGCGAUGUCUCCAGCCCCUGCUCUUGUGCCAGCCCUGAAUCGCAAGCCUUCUGUUCCUGCUACAGCGCAGGUCCAGGCCCUGAGACCCAGGACAGCAUCUUGGAUUUCCUUCUGUCCCAGGCCACGCUGGGCAGUGGUGUUGGCAGUGGAGGUGUUGGAGAUAGCAGUGGCCCUGUAACCUGGGGAUCAUGGAGGAGAGCCUCUGUGCCUGUGAAGGGGGAACAUUUCUGCUUCCCUGAAUUCCUGUCAGGAGACCCUGAUGAUGUCCCCAGGCCUUUCCAGCCUACCCUGGAGGAGAUUGAAGAAUUCUUGGAAGAGAACAUGGAGGCUGAGGUCAAGGAGGCUCCAGAGGGCUGCAGCAGGGACCUGGAGGCCUGUGGCCAGCUCUCAGCUGGGUCACACCGGAGCCACCUCCAUCCAGAGUCUGGUGGGAGAGAGCGCUGUACCCCACCACCAGGUGGCACCAGCGGGGGUGGUGCCCAGAGUGCGAGUGAGGGGCCAGCACGGGAUGGCCCCAUGCCGGUGCUGCUGCAGAUCCAGCCUGUUGCUGUGAAACAGGAGGCAGGUGCGGGGCCAGCCUCCCCAGGGCAGGCCCCGGAGAGCGUCAAGGUCGCCCAGCUCCUGGUCAACAUCCAGGGGCAGACCUUUGCACUUCUGCCUCAAGUGGUACCAUCCUCCAACUUGAACCUGCCCUCCAAGUUCGUGCGCAUCGCACCUGUGCCCAUCGCUGCCAAACCUAUUGGUUCGGGAUCCCUAGGGCCCGGCCCUGCUGGCCUCCUUGUGGGCCAGAAGUUCCCCAAGAACCCAGCAGCAGAACUUCUCAAAAUGCACAAAUGCACUUUCCCCGGCUGCAGCAAGAUGUACACCAAGAGCAGCCACCUCAAGGCCCACCUGCGCCGGCACACAGGCGAGAAGCCCUUCGCCUGCACCUGGCCGGGCUGCGGCUGGAGGUUUUCCCGCUCAGAUGAGCUGUCACGGCACCGGCGAUCUCACUCGGGUGUGAAGCCGUACCAGUGUCCUGUGUGUGAGAAGAAGUUCGCGCGGAGCGACCACCUCUCCAAACACAUCAAGGUGCAUCGCUUCCCACGGAGCAGCCGUGCGGUACGCGCCGUCAACUGAGUGCGGUGGCCACCCCACCCGCCCCCAGCCCCACGCUUGGUUUUUAGAUGCAAUAACUUAUUGCCUCCUUCGGAAGGAUGUGACAAUGUUACCAGCCCCCUUCUGAAUCUUAGGAGGUGUGACCCAGAGCCGCCAUGGCUGCCUUUCCGGGGAGGACCUAGAGUCCCCAAAGGUCCCUGGGGGCUGGUUCCCCUGGUGGCCCAGGUGGCCCAGGCAGGCCUGCGCCCUUGUGCCUUUGUGCCUUCCUGCCAGCUGGAAGGGUUGUUUGGGGGGCCCUUACCCUUCUCCCAUUUGGCUCCCUACCUGGGCCAAAGCCAACAUUAUUGCUGGGGAAGAAGUGUUUUGGUUGUGUCGAAACAGUUCCCAGAGGGAGCCAUGCUGGGAAAAAUGGAGUAGGUCAAAAGUGUAGGGCUGCACUGUGGCAUGAGGACCGUACCAUAUGCAAGAGGCCUUUGAGGGUCCAGGAGGAUGGCCACCCUCGUUCUAGGCCACAAUGCAUGUGCUUAAAUGCAAGACAAAUGGAGCCAUAUCCAUCCAUGUGUACCCAGCCUGGCUCGUCGGCCUCCCGACGUCAGCCUCCCGGUUGCGGUGGGAGGAGACAGGAACAGGCCUGGUGGAUGCAAAGCAACUAGCUAAUGCCUCCCAGUCUGACUUAGAUUUGCAUUCCUCAUCAGGUCUAGAAAUUAGUACCAAUUGGACUAGCUUGUUUUGACAGGUCUAUUUCACAUCCUAUGAAUGUAUGUAAAUAAACUGUACAUAGGUACGCAUCUACAUAAAAUAUCUUUUAAUAACACGUUGACAUUUGUGUAAAUUUGAAAUUAAAAAAUUCUAUAAAGUCGGUGUACAUAUGUUACAAUUAUGUAUAUUUUCUUUGGUCCUUCAUAAAAAUAUAUUUACUUUGCCAAUAAAAAGAGAAAAAAACUCAA